AUGGCUUUUACCGGUGAAUACACAAAUUUAGACGCAUGCCGGAUUUGUUCAAAGAAAAAAUCUGAAUCGUCUUACUUUUAUCAUUUAAGUCCCCGUAUUUCCAUUGCUAAGCUUUUUGAAAACAAGGUUCUAGCUAAAAUUAUGAGAUUUUUGCCCCGACGCUCACCACACACUGACAAAUUACGAGAUGUUUUUGAUGGCGAAAAUUAUAAAGCAUUGUCCAACGAGGUGAUUAAAUGCCGUGACGGACCCGGUAGUGAGUUCCACCCCCAACCUGAUGGUGUCAAACAUUUUGAGCAUUCUGAUGACUCGAUACAGCUGGUUCUAUCUAUAAACAGCGAUAUAACCAAUGUUCUUUCUUUUGGUCACAAGGAAGUAAUUGUUUUCACAGCCACUAUUCACAAUCUUCCUUUAAGCAUUCGUUCAUCGCGUCGUUUCAUUUUGCCUUUGAUGUCCAUUCCAAAAAUUAAAAGGAAGAAUGCAUUUGGCCAAGACACUGACUUUGGUUCCGUUCUCGUGCCUAUUGUUGAAGAUCUCAAGGACCUUGGUAUGCAAGGUAUGAAAGUCUACGACGCAUAUACUCAAUCUGAAAUAACUGUUCGGUGCAUUUGCCCAUAUUUUUCUGGUGACAUUCCUGAUGUCAAUAACAUCUCUGGGUAUUGUUCCCAUAACGCUACAAUGCCCUGUCGGUUUUGCAAAUUGCUUAGAAUUUCUAAAAGCCUGACAACCUUCUUGUUCAUGAACCCUGGUCGAAAUCCAAAUGUCCCAAGAGACCGAACAUGGUUUGAAUCUAUUGUCACAAAAUUUCGUGAUUUUUUCCUUUUUUCCAAAAAGGUCUUGACAGAAGAAGAAAAGGCACAACCAGAAAUCAAGCAAGAAAUUGCACAACAUUUGCAAGACCAAAAAAAUCUUUCUUCUCGUGAAGGUAUUCGGUUUUACUCCCCCAUUUUUGAUCUUUUUUCUACUGUUCCUCCCUUUUGUUUCCCUCUCGAUGCAAUGCACUUAUUUCUAGAAAACGCUUGUAAGAGCAUGUUUUCCUACUUUUACGAUGAACAGGCUCUCUCGUUACUUCCCCCAGAUGACAUGGCAACUCUCAAGGAAACUAUUAUAAAAACGAGAGCUUUUGAUGGCUGGUGCAGCGAAAAGCUUGAUCCUGAAAAGUUUAUAGUAAAUUCAACAUUUGCUGGGAUGAAAUCAAACCAGUUCCUAGCUUUGUUGGACCUAUUCCCUAUUCUCUACAUGGAAAUCAAAGCAAGCCGUGAAGCAUUAUUGGUUUUUCUGUUUUUAAGUACUAUUUGCAAGGCUUUACUGGCUCAGGAAAUUGACUCUGGCUUUCUUCCUUCCUAUGACAAUAUGAUCAGAAUGACUGUUUUUCUCUAUGAGACGGUUUUUACAGGUCCCAUUCGUCCAUUUUGGAAUUUUGGCCAAGAGAGCACUUUCCAAUGGCUGAGAACAAGAGUUCGAAACAAAAGACAUAUCCUUCUUAGUAUCCAAAACCGUAUUGCACGGUUUUACAUUUUCAGUUGGCUGUUUCCUUCUGAACAUGGUAUUGUAUAUGGAUGCAAGACUUUGCGAGGCACAUCCAAGCUAUACCAGGAUGAUAGGAAGACAGAAAAGGAAGUGGUUGACCGCUCUGUCAUUGCCUUUUUGGCACGAGGGUCUUUCAAGAAACCUGGUGUUACACGCGAAAGCGUCCGAAACCAGGUCUCCUUGGAGUAUUCUGGAAGUAUGCAUCUGGCUUCUAGAAACUCGACAAUCGAAGAAGGCUCUAUAGUUCUUUUAUCUGCGUCAAGGGGGAACUCCUCUUUAUGCUUUUUAAAAGUUGUUUCCUUUGUCACUUGUUCAGCAAAAGGCAUACCACAGAGACUUGUGGUCGGCCAUAGGAUACCAUUAGAAGAUUUGCUAACCAUCGACAUCCCUACAGACUCGUUAGAAUUUCCUUGCAAUUCAUCUACAGGCAAGAGAACUGCUCAGGAGAGGGAGGAGGAUGAAUUUUAUGACAGAAUCACAACUUGUUUUUAUUACAUUAACAAACUUCCUAUGAAAAAGGGUGUUUCAACUUUCAAUAUUGAGCGGGUAUCGCAUCAAGUGUUUCUUUUGGAGAGUAGAAGGCGUGAUAACAAUGAUGUAUACACUUAUUUCUUGGAUAGUAACACAGCUUUUGUUCUUGGGAAUAACAAGCGUCGCUUUGACAGAGUAGUUUCGAUUUUCCAAAGGGAAGAAGACUUUAACAAGGACAUUGCUACACUUCUAAGACGUUCAGACAAGUAA